AUGCCCGUAACAGACUCGGUCCUUCUCACUGAACCAUGGAUGAGGAAAACAUCGAUGUUAGUGAUUCCCGGUGGUGCUGAUCUUUCGUAUUGUAAAGUUUUAAACGGCAAGGGCAAUAAACGAAUUGUGGACUUUGUCAAAGGCGGUGGUAAAUUUAUAGGCUUUUGUGCUGGUGCGUACUAUGCAUCGUCAAGGUGUGAAUUUGACAUUGGAGGACCAUUAGAAGUUUCUGGGUCUCGAGAGCUUCAUUUUUAUCCAGGCAUAUCGCGCGGUUGCGCAUUCAAGGGUUUUGCUUAUGAACUGCAAUCGGGAGCAAGGGCUGCUAAUUUGCUGGUGGAUACAAAAUUAUUGCCAGGUUUACCACAGAAUGUCAUAAACUAUUACAAUGGCGGAGGUAUUUUCGUAGAAGCAUCAAAGUAUAAAGAUGUUGAAAUUCUCGCUCGGUAUGAUGAUGCUACAGAUAUCGAAGAUAAUAAAGACAAAGCAGCAAUAAUUUAUAGGAAAUUGGGGAAAGGUGAUGUUUUAUUGGCGCAAACGCAUCCGGAAUAUUCACCUAAAUUGUUUAAAACUGUCGAUGCUAAGUUUAAACCUGUUGUGACGAAAUUAUUAGAAGGCGACUAUACUAGGAAGUUAUUGGUGAGAGACUUGCUAAAAAAAGUUGGGCUCCGUGUGCGUGAAAGUGUUGACGAAGAGGUACCGCUGGUGACACCAAUGUAUAUAGCGUCUCUGCAACCUUCUCGGGUCAAUGAUAUGUUGAGCAAGCUAAUGAAUAAUUUGAAAAUCGAAAAUGGUUUUUUUGAAGACAGAAACGAUGUUUUUACCUUUCAAGAUAUAUCGUCCACUAAGCAUGAUUAUAAGCAUCCUGACUUUAAUGAGGAGGAUAAUCCAACAAAAACUAUAAAGCAUCUCAAUUUUGUAACAGGUGAAGAGUUUCCAUCCAUUAAGACAACUCCCUAUUUCAACAUGCAAAAGUAUUUUGAUGCCUUGAAAGCGCUUCGCAAAGGGGCAGGGUUGGAGUCGGGGUCGGGGUCGGGAUCGGGUUGUGAGUUGGGUGGUAUACUUGGUUAUUCGGAAGUUAUAACAUCCACCAACACGAUAAUGGAUAAGAAUCCGCAAUUGUUGGAGCAACUUCCACAUGGGUUUACAUUAACGGCAUCGACACAAAUAGCAGGGAGGGGAAGGGGUGGAAACGUUUGGGUAAACCCGAGAGGUGUUUUGGCUACGUCGGUUCUAUUUCGUAUACCACCGUCGCCAGUAGCGUCAUCAUCAAUUGUUACUUUGCAAUACUUGUGUGGAUUAGCUUUGAUAGAGGCUAUCUUGGGCUAUGGAAGCAUUAGUUCGUCUAGGGGUGUUGGGUAUGAGGAUAUGCCUUUACGAUUGAAAUGGCCAAACGAUAUAUACAUAUUGAAGCCAGAGUAUUUUGUCACUGUUGAACAAGAAAUUGGAUCAAUGGUUGAUGGCAAUGACGAAAAAUAUGUCAAAGUUUCUGGGGCAUUAAUCAACUCACAGUUUUUCAAUGGACAGUACAAUUUGGUUUGGGGAGGUGGUGUCAAUGUAUCGAAUCCUUCGCCUACAACAUCUUUGAACUUGGUCUUGAAUAGACUCAACUAUAUUAGAAAGUCCAAAGGACUUGAGACGUUGCCGCCAUAUGAACCGGAGUUGUUACUAGCAAAGUUACUUUUUAUUAUGGACCAAUUCUACAAGGUUUUUAGCAAAUCAGGAUUGAAACCAUUCUUGCCCUUGUAUUACAGAAGAUGGUUACAUUCCGGGCAAAAAGUUGAUGUAGAAGGAACAAAUGGCGAUAGGAAAACAUGUAUCAUAAAGGGAAUUACACCAGAUUAUGGGAUGUUGAUUGCGGAGGAUAUUCAAAGUCACAAAGUUUUGCAUUUGCAGCCAGAUGGUAACUCUUUUGAUAUAUUCAAGGGACUUGUGUAUAAGAAGGGUACUUGA